AUGACCCGUCAUGACGGGCUGCCUGUCAAAAUCACAGGCUACCUCGUGCUAGUAGCACGGCAUUUUUUUCUAAGUGUCGAAUGGGUAGACCUAGCAGCUUGUGAAGCACAGAUCGAGAAAGGACUGACCAAGUUUCGCUGGACGGCCCAAAAAGCUGGAGACACACUGAUAGAGUUAAAUGGUCGUAACGAAAAAAAACAACAAGGGCCAGCAAGGAGGCUGUGGCCUUUUGAUGCGGAGACAAAAACUGUUGAUUAAGUCAUUUGCGAGCAACAGACCUUCCUUUUAACAAAAGGGUACACCUUCCAAUACCCAUAGACGAACAGGAAGAAAUAGCGAUGCAGGUACUAAAAUAUAAACUGUUGAAAACGACUAAGGAAUAUGUUCAACAUGCAGGAUCUACAUUAAACAGCAGUGGACCUACAUUACCUUUUUUCCUAAAUCUUUUUUAUAGAAACAUAAUUGGUACUUAAUUAUUUAUAUUUUCACUGCUUUGCUGCAAAAUAGUUGAUACUUUGUGACCGAAAUAAUAAUUCGAAAUUUAUCUACCUCGAUCCUGCAAAUGGCGUAUUUGGCCAAAUUUCCCACUUUACUCCGCUGUUUAUCGCCGAUGUAGUUGAAAUCCUUCCAAAUAUGUACCUCAUCUCAGACAUAAUUGGAUUCAAGUGCAUCCUAGCUGUUUAACGAUCGACAAGGUAAUACCACAACUUUGUCCAAAUGCUUGUCGAUUAGUUGUAAGAAGCUAUGUGCCACGUUGGUUUUUACGUUCUUACUGAAUGGCGGAUUAAACAGGGACGCCGGAACCCGUAAGUAAGUAGAGGGCAGGCGGCGCCGCCUCCCUUGCCUUUUGCUAGGGGGGGGGCAGGGGGCAGAAGUGCCCUUUUAGUUGUAAAAUACAACGUGAUAAAUCACAUUUCCAACGAUGCUUUUUUAGGAAAAUCAUGAGAUUCAGGCAAUUUAUAGUUCAUAUUUGACCUUUGGUAUGUCCGGAAAAAAAUUUUGACCCCUAAAAUGGUACAUUGUUGUUGCACCAAAACCCAAUGGCAAAAUUAGAUUACGCCUCGAUCCCAGACCACUCAAUAAAGCGCUGAAACGAUGCCACCAUCCAAUACCGGCAAUUGACGACGUACUUCUAGAACUGUCCAAUGCAAAAGUCUUUACCGAAGUCGACUGUAGCAACGGAUAUUGGCAAGUAGAAUUAGACGAAGAAUCGUCUCUUUUAACGACGUUCAGCACUCCAUUUGGACGAUUUAAAUGGCAACGGAUGCCUGUUGGGAUCUCCCCUGCUGGAGAGAUUUUCCAGCAACGACUAGACCAAGAAAUUAGUGACUUGGAUGGUGUACGGACUGUUGCUGAUGGCAUUUUAGUAAUAGGAAAUGGAGAGACGAUGCAGGAAGCUGUAGCCGACCAUGACAGAAAGCUCAAGGAACUAUUCGACUGCUGCAGAGCUAAACAUAUCAAGCUUAACCCAAAUAAGAUUGAGUUGAAGAAGACCUCAAUGCCAUACAUUGGCAACAUUCUUACCUCUGACGGUGUCCAAGCGGAUCUUGCUAAAGUACAAGCCAUACUAGAAAUGAAGCAACCAACAGACGUGACUGGCGUCAGGAGAAUCCUCGGAACAGUUAAUUAUCUCGCCAAGUUCCUUCCCCAGGCCACCUCUCACAACUAUCUGAACCACUACGACAACUCACAAAAAAAAUCAGCCUUUCGAUUGGGACAAAUCGCAUGA